UACAACAUGUUUUUAUCAACUCAUGAUUGAAAUUGGAGGUGCUUAAUUACUAUCUACUAACCAAAUCUUAUACUAAACCUGCUAAGUAUCUUCUAUCACUGUUUACUGAAGUGUUUUAUAUAGCAAGAGCUUAUGCUCAUUGACUUAAUAUCUUUUAUUAUUUCUUCCAGCAUUAAUUGUCACAACAGUUGGCUUACGACAUUUCAGCAGUAGACAGUUCAUUGUUUUAGGCGGUCUGAUCAUGUCCACAGCACAUAUUCUGUCCGCAUUCGCACCAACUGUAGAAAUACUGAUCCUGCUUCUUGGUUGUGUGAAUGGUAUAGCUCAUGGAAUGAUUACUGCACCAACAAUGGCACUCAUAAGUCAAUAUUUUGAAAAGUACCGAAGCCUCGCCAACUGCAUUUCUGCCACAGGUGCUAGUGUUGGUUCUCUCAUUUUCUCGGUUCUUAUUCCUCAUUGGAUCGAUGAAUAUGCAUUUUCUGGUACUGUCUUGCUGCUAGGCGGUGUUAUGUUACAUAUGACCGUCUCAGGGCUGUUGAUGCGACCAACAACAUUUUAUACAAAAGAUAAGGAUCCUAAUACGGAUGAAACGCAAAAUGAUGACAAAAACUUUUGUGAUAUCGAUGAACAGAAAACAAAUGGAUCACUAAAAAGUAAAAGACACACAGACAAAAUAAACAAAGUUCGUACAGCAAGUGAAACGAGAAACGGUGGUCACCUAGAACUGCAAAAUGAACACAAUAUCAAAGGAACUACUUCACCUUUAAUUGACGCAAAGUUUUCUCCUGUCUCGUUACGUACCACUGCAGCUCGGAACCCGAGGAAACGUACAAUAUCCGAGCUCAAUAAAACAAGUCUUGCACAUACAAUGGGUAGUGCAGUUUCAGCUCUGAACAAAUCUAGUAUUGGGAGGUACGCAAGCACAGAACUUUCUUUUUCUUCUAUGUUAGAUCUGAGUUCAAAAACGCAAGAAAAUGACGAACAACAUUCUGAAAACAAACAAACAUGUGCAUGUUUUAAAAGUGUCUUUUUCAAAUUUGGCUCUGUUAUUGACUGUGGGCCAAUGAGAAGGAUUCCGUUUCUAUUCUUUAUUCCCUGUGGCUGUUUCAUCAUAAUGGUUUCAUCUAUUGGGCUUUAUCUACCAGCGUAUGCCAAAGACUUAGGAAUCUCUUCCAAAAAGUGUGGACUUCUUAUAACUAUUGUAAGUGUCACUGAUAUGUGUGCAGCGAUUUUCUGGGGUGUAUUUGCAGACAAACAGUACAUACGAAGGCACAAAAUCCUAUCAUUUGCAAUUGUGACGAUGGGAUUUGCAACUUGUUUUACUCCACUGUUCAAAACGUAUACUGUAUUUGUGGUAUACAGUGUGAUUUAUGGAAUAUUUGGCCGUGUAUACUCCAGUCUGUACCCGGUGAUUCUGGUCGACUUUAUAGGUCUCGAAAAUUUGCGUAGUGCGCUUGGUAUUAUGGGUCUUGCACAGACAGCCACAUCUGCGGGUUUGCAGCCUGUUAUAGGUAUGAUGAGGGACCACUUUGAAUCGUACUCUCCGGGAAUGCUGCUGAUAUCAACAAUGAUUAUGGUUGGUGGACUGUUGAUACUCGCGUUACCCUUGGCAGAGAAAUAUGAACAACGCAGGAACAGACAAAAUAUACUGGAGAAAGAUAUGGAAGAACCAUAGCUCGUAAACAAGAACUGGAUAAAGGAUUAUUAAACGGCAUUAUCUUGUCCUGGGAUACAUGAUGUAUAGUCAAUUGUCGAAAACAUAUUUCAGAAUUGCAUUUGUAAAACAUGGAACAAAAAUGAAGUAUGUCCGACAACAUAGAGUAUCGAGUUGAUAUUCCGACUGGAAAUGUAUUGUAUAUGUUCUUCGUUUUGUUUAUGUUUUGGAAUGUUAUAAAGUAAACAAGAUAAAAGGUAAGGGUAGAUUUCUAGGAAGCACAGAGCACCCCAAACACAGCCACAGAGCCAUGCAUCGCAAAGAAUGCUCACAAAAAAGAGAAGCCGUAACGGAAAAAUAUUGUAGACGGGUUGCUUCUAAAACCCUGAACAUUAUUUAAACAGAAUACUAGUAAUCGUAUUUUGAAGCAUACCUUGGAAUCAACUAUAGAAAUUAAAAGCUAAAAUAUUUAAGAAUUAAAAUGUCAUUGAAUAAAUGUUAAUUGUAUCCAACAUCACUGUGCAUCGUGUUGAAUAUCAGUGUUGAAAUGUUUUGUAUCUGUUCUUGGGUUCGGAGUCUGUCAGAAAUUUUAUUAUUCAUUGCUGUGA